CGGCAGGACGGACGGAGGAGCCAGCCACCGCGGGGGCGCGCGCGGGAGUGGGGAGAACUCGCGUCCAGCAGCCGCUGGCCCGCCCGGAGGAGCGACCCGGCCGGAGCAGCCGCCGCAGAGGCGCGGGGCGAGCGGGCAGCGCCGCCGCCGAGGAGGGCCGAAGGGCGUCCGGUUGGCAGCACAGCUUAAGGACACAGCUUGGCAUGUUACAAUGGAAGGACAACACAACCAUCCGCACCAUCUGGGGGACCAGAACCUGCUCUGCAAAGUGGCCAGCCAAGAAUACCAGCAUGACACGCAAAGGCACCUGUAUCGCUGCACUUUAGCAGAUUUUCAGAUUGAGAAGAAAAUUGGGCGAGGACAGUUCAGUGAGGUCUACAGAGCGACCUGCCUCCUGGACAGAAAACCGGUGGCAUUAAAAAAAGUACAGAUAUUUGAGAUGAUGGAUGCAAAGGCCAGACAAGAUUGCAUUAAAGAAAUAGACCUUUUGAAGCAAUUGAACCACCCCAACAUAAUCAAGUAUUUGGAUUCGUUUAUCGAAGACAACGAAUUGAACAUUGUACUGGAGCUCGCAGACGCUGGUGACCUUUCGCAGAUGAUUAAGUAUUUUAAGAAGCAGAAACGGCUAAUCCCUGAACGAACAGUUUGGAAGUACUUUGUGCAGUUGUGCAGCGCGGUUGAACACAUGCAUUCCCGCAGGGUGAUGCACAGAGACAUCAAACCAGCCAACGUGUUUAUAACAGCUACUGGAGUCGUGAAGUUAGGGGAUCUCGGAUUGGGGCGCUUCUUCAGCUCUAAAACCACUGCUGCACAUUCCUUAGUGGGAACACCGUAUUAUAUGUCCCCAGAAAGAAUACAUGAAAAUGGCUAUAAUUUUAAAUCCGAUAUCUGGUCUCUGGGCUGUUUACUGUAUGAGAUGGCAGCUCUUCAGAGUCCGUUCUACGGCGAUAAAAUGAACCUUUUUUCCCUCUGCCAAAAGAUAGAGCAGUGCGAUUACCCACCUCUUCCAGCUGAACAUUACUCCGAGAAGUUGCGGGAGCUGGUGAGCAUGUGCAUCUACCCGGAUCCCGACCAGAGGCCCGACAUCGGCUACGUGCACCAGCUAGCGAAGCAGAUGCAUUUGUGGACAUCCAGCACCUGAAGAGCCGGUCCGGGCCCUGCAAGGAGAACCGUCCCAGCUUAAGUCUUACUUGAACCUUCUGUCUCAGACGAAACCGAGAGGUGCCUCGCCAAAACUCAAAAGCGGGGGAGUUAAGCCUUCCCGGGAAGACGCUUCACGAUUUCUGUGCAGGUGCCCGCCGGGUGGAUCCGCCCCACGCGAUGGCUGCGAGAUGCGGCUGCCGGCGCACACUGCCUCUUCCACAGCCGAUAAAAUGUUACAGAUGUAGAUCUCUUAAAAGAUCCUUUCUUAAAACUGUUGUGUGUAAUCUAGGUUAGGUCUCUGUAGCAAGGGUUUCUCAUUGGUGUAUUUGGCACACCCCUUGUAUCUUAACUAAUGUGAAAUAUUGGAAAAAUAAUAAUAAUAAUAAUUCCUUUGGUGAAAUCACUUUAUACUAAUGUAAGAAUUACAAUAGUUUUUUUUUUUUUUGGUGUAAUUUGUGUAACUGCUACUUUGCUUCUUCUAGCAAUGGUUCCUAGCAAGUUCGGUUCCUAGUUCACUUUUUUUUAAAAACAAACCAAGAUACUUUUUUUUUUUUUUGUAUUGCCCUCCCUUGCAAGAAGGUGGUUAUGGAGGAGGCUGAGAUUUUCUUUUUUUAAGCCAACCUUAGAAUGACUAGAGUGGCUGCCGAGACCGGUGUGGGCUGCAAGCCAAAGGAACGUUGUCCGUUUGUCGUUUUUUCUGGUCCGAGACUGGCAUUCAAGGCUAACCCAUUCUUGCAUGGCCAGUGUUACCACGGGCACUCUGAGCUGGCACGGUGCUGUUCUGUAACUCCCACUCUAGCCCUCCCAAAGCAGGGUUGAAUUCCCAGAGUUAGGGCUGCCCCGUAGGCCAUAAAGCAAGGUAAGUCAAAGAAAACGAUCUUCAGCUCCCAACAGGAUCACCUGCUUAUUUACUGUGAAGACUCAUUUACCGAAUGUGAAUAUUUUAAGCAAGCUGAUCUGAAGGAAAGGUUACGAUUCAAGCUUUCCACUUAGGUAGACACCAGGCUUAAGUUUUCGUAGCCAUGGCGCAAGUCUGCCACUUGGGUUCCUCCCCGCAGACGGCCGCCCCUUUGCCAGCAGCAGGGAACCAACCUGGAUCUUCGGCAUCUGCCUCUCAGGGCAGGAGCGGCGGCCAUUAGCUGCUUUCUGUAGGGCACUUUUUUGGGGGGGGGGGGAAUAGCGAGCCUCAGGCUGUUAGGGCAAAGUUUCUUUUUUCCUGGAAAUAAAGACACCUCCUCCUAUCAGCAGGGUUCUGCAUCUCACCCCCUUUGAAAAGCGUGCUAAUUAGUGAUCAGUUUUGGACAAAGGUUUUGAAGAGCCCUCUUUAAUGGCUGCCAGAGAGUGGUGGGGCAGGCAGGACGGGAGGCUGCCAAAACAUUUCUCGCGACUUGCUCCAGCGGCUGACGGUUCCUUCUUCCCAAAAACAAACUGAAAGGUUUCCGCUGCUCUGCAGGGGUUUUUUUGGGGGGGGUGGAGGGUGGGACACAACCUGGUCUUGGGGUACAACUUUGAAGAAGUUUUGGGCUGUUGGGGAAUUUCAGAUGACAGAUCGCUCGCUCGCUUGCGCCGUUAAGGCCUCUUAGCGCUUAAGUCAGUGUACUUUCAAAGAAGAAAAUGGCAACUCUGCAUUUUUAGGUAAGGUUUAACUGAUUUACAAAAUAAAGUUUCCUUUGUAAAAAGAAA